CAUUUACCAGGUUGGCUAACUCAGAUGUCACUGCUUGUUGCUGAGCAUCUCUCCUUUGAGCUGAGUGGGGUUUACCUGCUGUGAAGGUUGUAGGUGGCUAUACCUUGUGUAGGUGAAAGACUCCCUCUCCUUCCGUUUACCUGUAGGACGAUCAUUCACCAUGCCCACCUUUGAUGAUGUUCUGGAAGAAGUGGGGGGUUUUGGGCUGUAUCAGAAGUUCAUCUUUUUCCUUGUGUGCCUCACCUCGGCCAUGUUCUCCUACCUGUACGUUGGCUUUGUGUUCCUAGCUGUUACUCCUGACCACUGGUGUAGGAGUCCUGGGGUGGCAGAACUGAGGCAGAAAUGCAACUGGUCCCUGGACGAGGAGAAGAACUACACACUGCCCGCAGGACGUCCCGGGAUCUCCUCGUACAGUCAGUGCGAGAGGUUUGACCUGGAUUGGAAUUCCUCCUCGAUCAGCUGCGACAAUCCACUUCUCUUCUCCCGGAAUCACUCUCGAGAUCUCCCCGUUACGACGUGCCAGGACGGGUGGGAGUUUGAGAACGGCUCCAUCUCCAGCAUCGUGACUGAGUUUGAGCUGGUGUGUGCCGAUGCCUGGAAGGUCGACCUGACUCAAGCUUGUCUCAACCUGGGCUUCAUGCUUGGAACAAUAGUCAUGGGAUACGCUGCAGACAUGUUUGGCAGAAAAUUCAGCUUCUUAUCCGCAACCUUCGUGACUUCAGUGGUGGGGCUUAUUGUUGUGUUCUUGCCAAACUACACCUGGUUUGUGAUCUUCCGAACGUUCCAGGGCGUGUUCAGUAAAGGAUGCUGGCUGUGUGCAUACGUCUUCAUUACAGAACUGGUGGGGCUGGAGUACCGGAGAACAGUGGGCAUUCUGUACCAAGUCUGCUACAGUACCGGCAUGAUGAUACUCCCAGCAGUUGCUUACCUCGUCCCAGACUGGCGGAAUCUGCAGCUGGCUACCACCAUCCCCAACUUCCUCUUCCUCACUUACUACUGGCUGAUCCCAGAGUCUCCCCGGUGGCUGCUCUCCCAGAACAAGAACUCCCAGGCCAUGACUGUCAUCCAAAAGAUGGCCAAGAUAAAUGGGGGGAGUCUCUCGCAAAAAUAUGAGAAAGUUGAAGAGAGCAGUGAAGACUUGGGCCGCCCAUCAUUCGUAGACCUGGUACGAACUCCGCAGAUAAGGAAACACACCCUUAUCUUGAUGUACAAUUGGUUUGCCUGUGCCUUGGUGUACCAGGGGCUGGUCAUGCGUCUGGGAACUCUGGGUGGAAAUAUCUACCUUGACUUCUUCAUCUCUGGAGCUGUGGAGAUUCCAGCGGCAAUCCUCAUCCUUCUUGUCAUUGAGCGGAUUGGCCGUCGCCUUCCCUUUGCGACUGGCGGCCUGUUGUCAGGGGCUUCCUGCCUGAUAGCGGCCUUCAUCCCUGAGAGUGUCAGCUGGCUUGCAACGGCAAUCGCCUUUGUUGGCAAGCUGGGCAUCACCGUCAGCUUCGAAAUGGUGGUAUUUGUGAAUGCAGAAUUAUAUCCAACCUUCAUAAGAAACCUUGGUGUUUCAGUCUGCUCCGCAUUGUGUGAUAUUGGAGGGAUCGUUGCUCCGUUCAUUGUCUACCGGCUGGCUGAUAUCUGGACUGGACUGCCUCUUGUUGUCUUUGGGGUAAUCGGUCUGAUUUCUGGAGGCCUGGUGCUUCUCCUACCUGAAACGAAGGGGCUGACUUUACCCGAUACCAUUGAGGAGAUUGAGAACAUCAGCAGGAGUAAGAGAAAGACCCCAGAGACAAGCUACCAGCAAGUAAUUUUGCACUCGGUCGAUGCCAAGGACCCAGCGUCAGUGAAGAUGGGUGUUGAAGUAUAAAUGUAAUCGGUCUGUACACAGGUUUCCGUUUCACUGAAUGCUGUCACUUUCACCUGUCUGAAGUAGUCUUGAUAAUUUCAUCUCUUGCUCGUGAUUGAGCAACAUUAGUAUUCAGGGCUUUUGUCUUUAAUGCCCUCAAAGUUAGUUCAGAAACCAGACAAUAUAAAGCAUUUUUGAUGCUAUUUGCCACGUUGAAUGCUUAAUGCAUCCUUGAACAACAUAUAGAAUGAAGGAUGUCGGUGGAAGAAUGUCUCUGAGAAUUGAUUUGUAUUUUAAAUGAGGAAUUUGAGAUAUGACAAUGUGUUGAAUUUAAGUUCAAGGAGUUUGUAAAGGAUGAAGCUGCUGGUGAAGGGUCUGAUGGAUCGUUGUCCAGUUGUGUAACUGCAGACUACUAGAUCUCACUGGGGGUUUGAUCAUAACCUUAACAUAUUGAGCAAAGGAGAAACUGAGCUGGGAUCUAUCUCUCCCUGGCAGAGUAAUUCAGCAGACCCAUCACAUCCCAAUCACAUCUCACUUCGUAUUCUGACUUCCUUUUGCUCUACUUAAGCUCUUUGCAAAAAUUUUAUUGGACCCUUGGCAUUAUUUGGAGAUAUCGGGUAAAAAAAAAAUUGGCUGAAUGUAAAUGAGUUGGGAAUAAGCAGUCAACGUUUUGGACCAAGAUCCUUCACCAGGACUACAAAGGAAGAGGGAAGAAGCUGGAAACUUUUGGCUUCUUCCCCCUUCCAGAGAUCAGGCACAGAUGUGGGAAAGCCCGAGAACAAAGAAAGAGAUAACUUUUAACUUUACUUACUCCAAUUAUCUAAAUGCAACAAGAAUAAAGGGUUUGUUGUUUUCUGCAGCAGAGGGCAGUAUGAUCUCAUUACAGGGUACACGAUUUCACAGGAUUCCCUUCCUGCAUGGAGUUCCAUGGGAAAAUUAAUGCACAAAUCCAACCAACUCUUAACAAUAAUGGGCAGAUGAAAAGCUAUUUAUGUAAAACAAAUGGUGAACCAGCACAGUAGUACGUUAUGUGCUUGCCGAUAUUUCCAAUGGGGGGGAUCAUCCUCCCUACAUUCACCUGUUUACCUGCCCCCCACCCCAAUCCUCAGAAGGAACCCCUCUCACAUUUCUAAACCGAGAGGUACCCAACCAACAGGAAAGGUAUGAAGGCUCUUGGCCUGAAAUGUUGACUAUACUCUUUUCCAUAGAUGCUGUCUGACCUGCUGAGUUCCUCCGGCACUUUGUAUGUAUUGCUUGGAUUUCCAGCGUCUGUAGGUUUUCUUUUGUUUGAGGUACCUCAGCCUGGUGAACCUGCUCUGAACUGCCUUCAGGGCAGUCAAAUCAGUCUAUAAUUGAAUUCAUAACUAUAGGCAGUGUACUGGGUGUGUUAAAGCAACUCCUCUUUCUCCCCCAGUAAAACCCAACACCUAGUUUGUGUUCAUUGCUCACUGAACGUGCUUCAUAAUAUUAUGUUCAUUGUCCUUGGACACCCAGAUCUCUGAACACCAGCGUUUCACAACUUCACAUCAUUUUACUGGCUUUGCUCCUUUGCCUGAGGGUGGUGAAUCUGUGGAAUUCAUUGUCUCAGACGGCCGUAGAGGCCAAGUUAUUGGGCAUACUUCAAGAGAAGGUUGUUAGAUUCUUGACUGGUACGGGCAUCAAGGAUUACAGGGAGAAAGCAGGAGAAUGUGGUUGAAAGGGAUAAUAAAUCAACCAUGACGGAAUGGCGGGCUGAAUGGCCUUAUUUUCUUCCUGUGUCUUAUGGUCUUCUUUCAACUCAUAUUUCCCACUGUGUGUUCCACCUGCUGUGUUUUUGCUCACUUAUAUAACCCCAUACAUACCCCUCGCAGAGAGAGCUCCGUCCUCAUAAGUUUUGUUCUCUUUGAGCUUCCAAAUUAUACUUGGAGAUGACACAUUUGGAUCUGCAGCCAAAUAUUAUCUUUCCUUGAAUCUAGCAAUAGUAAUGCAUGCAUGAUUUUAUGUCAAUCUCCCAGCAUGUGUGUCCUUGUGAGCUUUGACAGAGGAGGAUGUAUUUAACAGUGCUAAUUGGGGAUGACCUUCUUUUAAGGAGAUGGAUAAUGCUGGGUUUAUAACUCUAGUUGAUUUGGACUCCUGGAUAACCCCAGUGUAAGGCCAGAGGGGGCACUGGAGUUAGACAGACAGAUAUGGAGCUUUUGAAGGAAAGAUAAGGAAGGUCAUUUUGGUUGAGUCAGUGGUGAGGAAGGCAAAUGCAAUGUUAGCAUUCAUUUUGAGAGGACUAGAACGUAAAAGCAAUGAUGUGAUGCUGAGGCUUUAUAAGACAUUGGUCAGAUUUGGAGAACUGUGAGCAGUUUUGGGCCUCUUAUUCAACAGGACAUGUGCUGACAUUGGAGAGAGUUCAGAGGAGGUUCAUCUAAAUGAUUCUAGGAAUGUAAAAGUUUUCAUCUGACAAGCUUUGGAUGGCUCUGCGCCUGUGCUUGCUGGAAUUUAGAAGAAUGAGGGGGAAUCUCACUGAAACCUAUUGUGUGUGGAGAGGAUGUUUUCUAUAGUGAGGGGUCCUGGGACCAAGGGCACAGCCUCAAAAUAGAGGAACAACCAUUUUGAAUUGAGAUGAGGAGAAAUUUCUUCAGUAACCAGCCAUUCCUACAAUGGUCCAUCUAACCACCUCUUAGCAGAAACGUGAACACUUUCAAAUAUGGAAUUAGCGGUCAUUAGCUUUUUUAAUCCCUUACCAUACUUACCUCCACCACCCUCCCUUGCAGCCAUCACUCUUUAUUUAAAAAAAAAACUUGCCCCACAUUUCUUAAGAGCUUUUCCCCUCUAACCUUCAGUGCAUGUCCUCUAGGUUUGGACAAUUUGACUGAGGAAAAAGCCACCUGCUGCCUACUCUAUCUAUGCCUCUCAUAG